UCUCUGGUCGCGCAUAUCAUUUCCAGCGUGUGAAGUACUAGUUCCGUGUUGCGUAGCAGCCAAAGUUUUAGCUCUCUAGCGCUAGCGCUUCUUCAUCUAGAGCUAGUAGCUUUCAACUGUUAUGUAUGCAAAGCGGAAAGCUCACAUCCUAUGGCGAAAAGGAACGUGAGGACAAGGAAAAGACGGCAUACUGACACCAGUCAACCUGCUGUCACUGUGGACGUCGAUCAGGAAGUCGACUACGUUACCCGACCGUUCUUCGUCUUCUCUCUUCCCGGUUUGUUCCUUUUGUUUUUUGGUGUAAUAGGAUUAGCGACGGUGUUGAUCUCUAUCGUUACUCCGCAAGAGCCACUGGUGGCUGAUGACCCGUCAUACACGCACAGUGAAUCACUAGAGCUGCAACAAUUAUUACACCACACGUCUGCAAAUGGCUGGAGGGUGGCAGACCGUCGGGAGAGGGAAGAACUGGAUGCGACACGCUGCAACAUCGAGAGACGCGACGCUAACAGUGUGACUGUUGAUGAAUUUGAGUCUCUGUACCGUUUCAAGAAACCUCUAUUGCUGACGUUUCCAAACGGUGCUGCUGACUGGACAGAUCCAGAUCUAUUUCAACGUCGCAAACUUCUUGAUCUCUAUUCUUACUGGUCUGUAUCAUCAGGACGUUUACUGGAUAUUGUCAGGUCAGGUGGAUCAGCUUCGAAUUCGUUUGGUGAGUAUGUUGAAGAAAUGCUAAACAAGAGAAAUGAAAUAUCUGACGAACCUUUCUACAUCUUUGAUCGACAUUUCUUUCAAGACAGUGAACUGCAACACAGUUUUCGUCCUCCUCACUUGCUUGCUAAUGAAGAGGGUACUGACAGGUUUUUUCUCAUGGGAACAUCAAGGAGUGGUGCGAGGUUUCAUAAACAUGCAGACGCGUGGAAUGCAGUUGUACUUGGUCGAAAACGUUGGUUUUUGUAUCCUCCAAGCAAAACUCCACCAGGGGGGGUGUGGCCAGGAUAUAGUCAAAUAGAUUGGCUGAAAAACAUAUAUCCAACACUGGAGGGAGAUGAUAAGCCUCUAGAGUGUGUGCAAGAAGCUGGAGAGAUAUUGUAUUUACCUGAGUCAUAUUACCAUGGAACGAUUAAUAUUGAUGAUACUUUGGCUAUUGGAUUACAGAAGACUGAGGCGUCAACACCAGCAGAACGGAUAUUUUACAAUCUAAAUCAACUGAAUGUCAAAGUCCUUAAUACAGAAGAUAAGAAUGUAAAAAAGGCUGUUCAAAAACAAAUAGUUGAGAAAUAUUAUCAGCUUUAUACGUUACUUCCAAACAAUGCAGAGAUAUGGCACAAAUUAGGUGAAGCUCUUUACAAUGAUGGUCAAUAUGACAAAGGUUUGGAGUUUCUGCAGAAAGCCAUUGACUACGAUCCCAAAUUUGUUGUAGCUUACAGUACUCUGUCUCGCUGUCUUAAACAACUGGAUGAUAUCACUGGCUCAGAGGCUGCCAUUAGAAAAGCAUACAAACUGAAUCCUCACAACUUUGACGUUGUUAUUCAAUAUGCCGAAUUAACUGAAGCUAAUGGUGAUCUAGACACUGCUGCAAGCCUUUAUGAACAUGGAAUCCGCAUUAAACCAGAAGACCAUCUCUAUUUUAAACUGUCAGUUAUACUGAAAUCAUUGGGAGAGCACGAGCAAGCCGUUCAAAUGUACAGAAAAGGGCAGUUACUCAAAGAAGAACAGUUGUUGGUACAACAACAGUAUGAGACAAUGUAAUUUCAACUUCAUCUGCUGACUUCAUCUGUUCUACGUAAAUUUAGCUAUAUAGUUCUAGAGUUAGGAACUGCGACAUCAGUUGGAGACCCCUUGUUAUUAAAUAGUUCUAUCCUCUGUUAAUUAAGUUAAAGCACUUUUGUUCAUGUAGCAGGGUUUGUUUUGAUGUUUACGGAUCAGAGUGAUCUGGUUGUCACUUGAGUAUGAAAUUACAAUAAUCAGGCAGUUUAAAAAAACUACAUUUACA